UACGCCAUUUUGUGCUUGCUGCUCCUGUGGCCCUGGAGCUUCUCUUUCCAUGUAUUAGAUUCUCUUUAUCCUAUAAAUACGACGUAAAUUAUCAAGACAAUACUCAUUGAGAAAUAUUCGAAGAUUCAUCAGUUUAUUCUACAAAAGAUAUUUCAAGUCUUCGAUUUGUAGGAAAAGGGUCUGUAGAUGGAUUCAGACAGUUCCAUGGAUGAAGAGAGAAACAGGAAUCGUUGGAAUAAACAGGAUAUGGUUCCUAUCAGACCCAACAUGAACGAUGACAACAGUGACGUGUCGGAUGAGGAAAACAUAUCAAGAGCUGCAAGAAGUAUAGAAUCACCUCCAGAGUCUCCUCAGGGAACACACUUCGAGAGUCCUCCUGCAUCCCCUGAUCCAGAGAACAAGCCGGGGACUCCGUCUCCAAUACAGUCCCCAGAUGACAGUGCAAGCUAUUACGAUGGGAGUCCCCCUAAAUCUCCAGAUUCGCAAGCGGAUUCACGCCACUUGAAGAAUGAUAGUCCUCCGAGAUCUCCGGAUUCUUGCCUCCCGAGGAGUCCUAGUCCAGUGAGAUUCACGAACAGGUCACCUCCAAGCGACCAUAGAAGCCAGAGUCCUACAACUAAUUAUCCACGGAGUCCAAGCCCUUUACAGACUCGGCCUACAAGGAACAAAAGCCCGGAUACAGUUCAAUCACCGAGCUCGAUCCAGUCGCCAACUCCGGCCAGUCACUAUGAUAUGCGCUCACCCAGUUCGCUCCGGUCACCCUCUCCUUACCAGUCUCGAGGCAGUGAGUCUCCCAGAGACCCACGCAGGCUCGCUAGUGAGAGCCCUGGGCGAUCCCAGAGUUCACCUAGGCAAAACAGUCCGAGGCGAUUUAAGGGGCGAAGGAGUCCCAGUCAGUCUCCGGUGCGUCAGAGAAGCAGGAAAGACUCCAACAACAGUGACGAUGGCAGGAGUAACAUCUCAUCUGCAUCAUCGUUCAGCUCGCCUCGCCACAGCCCUCCACCUCGACCCCGGACACCCCCUCAGCCUUCUGCCCCCCCUCGAGUCAAGACAGUGGCUGAGCUUAAGAGUCAUGUUGAAGAUUUGUCCGAUGUGUCAGAUUUAGAAAGUCUAAAUUCAAUGUCUGAUGAUGAACCUGAAAAACCCCAACCUAAGGAGAAUGGCGACAUCAGGAAAAACUUGGACUCCAAAAAGGAAUCGUCUUCCUUAAGAAACACAUCGAGUGGUGGUCUGGAAGCAGAUGACCCCGAACAGCUGGACUUUGAGGCCGAGGAAAAAGAAGAGGGAGAGUGUGACGGUCCAUCUCAGCCCGCCCCCACCAGGUCCUCUGGUCCUGCCACGGAGGCAGUAGUCAGCGAGGACGAGGGAGAACUCAAGGGUGAUGAGCUGGAGGAAGGGGAGAUUACCGAUGAAGGAGAGAAUCGACCCGAGGAAACGGAACCGAGGCCCAUCUGUCGUUUCUACAACCGAGGCCAGUGCACAUGGGGCGCCAGCUGCCGGUUUGUACAUCCUGGAGUAACAGACAAAGGUAACUACACAAUGUUCGAGAUGGUUCGUCCGUUGGUUCCUGUCAAUGGACCACCGCCCAUGUAUGGACCUCCCAUGGAUCCUUACAGACCCAUCGAGAGACCUAUGAUGGGACCUCCAGUUUACCAACAGCAGCCUCCUGUCCCCCGUAAGGAGGAGGCCCCGCCACUGGUGGAGUCAGCUUGGGAGCGGGGUCUGAGACAGGCCAAGGAGAUGUUGAGGAAAUCAUCCAAGAGGAAAGAGACCGAGGUGGACUUUGAGGAGAAGAAAAUGAACCUGUCGCUCGGCCAGGAUGAACUGGACAAGGAGAAUGAUUACUACACGCGCACGGCCAGCCCGGUACCAAACGAGGAGCCGGACCGUUGGGGGGCUAAGAUGGAAGGAGAACCCAAACGUUACCGAACCAUGUCAGAUCGUUUUGACGACUACGGUGGAGGCCCAGAGGGCUACUUUUAUUCUCGCAACACGGAACAGGUCUGGCACCAGCGACCGCACUAUGACGAGAGCAUGCGUGGAGUGUACGGCACACGUAGUAGUGGCGGUGGCAAGUACUACUCACGGAGUAGCAGAGAGAAGGAGUACUACAGUAGCAGCAGUAGUAAACGACAGAAAUACUCCCAGAGGGAAGUUAUUGUACAGAGGCAAGAAAAGGCAAACUGGAAGGAUGACAGGUUAGUAGAUGUUUUGUACGGGAGUACUACAGUAGCAGCAGUAGUAAACGACAGAAAUACUCCCAGAGGGAAGUUAUUGUACAGAGGCAAGAAAAGGCAAACUGGAAGGAUGACAGGACAGGUUAGUAGAUGUUUUGUACAGGAGUACUACAGUAGCAGUGGUAGUAAACGACAGAAAUACUCCCAGAGGGAAGUUAUUGUACAGAGGCAAGAAAAGGCAAACUGGAAGGAUCAGGUUAGUAGAUGUUUUGUACAGGAGUACUACAGUAGCAGUGGUAGUAAACGACAGAAAUACUCCCAGAGGGAAGUUAUUGUACAGAGGCAAGAAAAGGCAAACUGGAAGGAUGACAGCCCCCCUGCGCGGCCGAGCCGUUACGCGGAGGGAAGGACAGCUGGAGGAAGAGGAGACGAAUGGGCUGACCCUUGGAUGCGGUCUAAGACAUCUCCUCUGACACGGAAACAGCGGUCACGUAAACAAUCCUACUCUUCUGGGUCCUCAUAUUCUUCGUCUAGUCGUAGCAGUCGAAGCAGUAGCAGUUCCUACUCAAGGUCACGGUCACGUAGUCGCUCAUCACGGUCUCGUUCGCGUGAGAAACCCACAAAGAUGUCACCACCACGCAGGCUCCUGAGGACCACGUCUCCGCUGACUCGAGGUGCGAAAGUUGCGCUGUCACCCGCUCUACUGUCGGAGAAGAAAGCCACAACAGAGAGAUCGAUCCUGAUGAACCCUCCACCCCCCAGUCCUCGCACCAAGGUCAAGGGUCUGGGAACCAACCCCAGCCCUCCUGUAGACAGGGUUCGCGCAGGUACCGGGGUCCCAUCUAGACUCCUGGCACACUCGAAGGCUGCUAGUGCGGUGGCUGCCGCCAUGCGGUCAACUCGGUCCGGUUCCAAAUCCAGCCGCUCCAGCAGCAACAGUGACUCCAGCGGGUCUUCCAGUGACUCCAGUGACACCUCCUUCUCCUCCUCCUCCUCAAGUAGGCCUGCUUCCCCGCUCGUUCGCCAGAAGCGUAUUGUGAUAGAUGAGAGAUUCGCACUAGCCCAGGCCAUGAAGGUCAAGGCAAUGGAUGCACUCAAGCUCUCUGGGCAAAAACAACAGAUCAAACUGACACUCAAGGGCUCCAACACAGGGGAGAGAGUGGUUCCGAUGGCUGCAGUCACCAGCAAGAAGAGGCCUGCAGAAUCACCCCCCAUGGAAUUCUCUCCUCCAAAGGCCGGAAGCAAAGCGACGCCAAAGAAGGCGGCUCCCUCGAGACGGGAAGAACUCCUGAAGCAACUGAAAGCUGUUGAAGAUGCCAUUGCACGCAAGAGGUCAAAGAUAAGCUAAUCUCCGAGUGGAGAAGGGCCAUAAUUUAUCGACAUGUAGAAGUUCCAUUCCGACCUCUCUGUAAAUAAUAUGUCAAUAUAAUAACUUUAAAUCGCUUUGUAUGUGUUGACUUUUUAGGCAACGUUUGUAGUUUCUCAUUUAGCCUAUGUUUAUAAGAAAUAAAUGAUAACAACGUUUGUAGAA